CUUUUGAUUCCUUCUGCUUGUUUGAUUAGAUUUUAGUUUGUUGUUUUUCAAUUUAAUUUUCGGGGGGAUUGGAAAUAGAAAAAAAGAGGCUCGGUGUUUUAGAUUUGGGGAAUUGAGAAGUGGGCUUCUUCUGUUCCCCCCCCCUCAUAAGUUAAUUUGGUAUGUGGUUGCUCUUAAUUGGAAUCUUGGAUGUGCCUGUGUACUGUUUUUGGACUUUUGGGGAAGAGCUGAAGCUGAUUAGUUGUAAUUAAUUGUAUAAUUUGUCUAUUUUGGGGGGUUUUAGAGCUCCGAUCUGUAGCUGGAACAGGGUUAAAGUUCUGGGUUUUUGUUGUAAAAUUAUAUUUUUAGAUUGAAUUACUGGGUUCGGAUCUUGUUGUGUAUCUGGGUUUGGAAAAUGGAGGCUAGACUUGCAACUGAAGCUCGUUCAUUUUAUGGAAUGAAUCCGGUAGAUUUGCGUGCGGUUGGGAAAAGGACAGUGGAGUGGGAUUUGAACGAUUGGAAAUGGGAUGGUGACCUUUUCAUUGCUAGCUCCAUAAAUCAAGUGUCUGCUGACGGCAUGGGAAGGCAGUUUUUCCCACUCGGUUCUGGGAUUCCUGGAAAUUCGUCGAAUGGUUCAUCGUCAUGCUCUGAAGAAAUGAAUCCUGAAACUGAUAAAGGGAAAAGGGAAUUGGAAAAGAAAAGGAGGGUUAUUGUGGUGGAAGAUGACGGUGCCAAUGGAGAAGCAGGUGGCCUUACUUUAAAGCUCGGUUCCCAAGGUGGUCACGGUUAUCCAAUCAGUCAAAGUGAGAUGAGAGCUUGGGACGGAGCUAGUGGGAAGAAGACUAAGUUGAGCGGAGGUUCUGGAAAUCGCGCAGUUUGUCAGGUUAAGGACUGUGGUGCUGAUCUGAGCCAGGCCAAGGAUUAUCAUAGACGGCAUAAGGUUUGUGAGAUGCAUUCCAAAGCUAGUAAGGCACUGGUUGGAAAUGUCAUGCAGCGAUUUUGUCAACAAUGCAGUAGGUUUCAUGUCCUUCAAGAGUUUGAUGAAGGUAAGAGAAGCUGUCGCAGACGUUUGGCUGGCCACAAUAAAAGGAGGAGGAAAACAAAUCCCGAGACUGUUGCCAAUAGCAAAUCACUGAAUGAUGAGCAGACUAGUGGUUAUCUGUUGUUAAGUCUUUUGAAGAUACUUUCUAACAUGCAUUCUAAUAGAUCUGACCAGACGACAGAUCAGGAUUUGCUAUCUCAUCUUCUUAGGAGCCUUGCAAACCUUACUGGUGAACAAGGGGGGAGAAACGUAUCUGGGCUUUUGCCAGAACUUCAUGAUUUGGAAGCUGUUUCGGCUUUAUUUUCGAAUGGCCAAUGCCCUCCUUGGCCUUUUAAGCACCAGAUAACUGGACCUGAAUCAGAAAUCCCGCAUAAUGGAAUACAGUCUUGUGGUACUAAAGGUGCCGAAGUGCCAGGCAACACAGCUGGAGCAGUCAAGAUAAAUAAUUUUGAUUUGAAUGACAUAUACAUCGACUCAGAUGAUGGCGCAGAUGGCAUAGAGAGGUCACUUGCACCUGUGACUGCAGGGACUAGCUCCCUUGAUUACCCUUCAUGGGUCCAACAGGACUCUCAUCAAUCAAGUCCACCCCAGACCAGUAGGAAUUCAGAUUCAGCAUCUGCACAAUCACCUUCUAGUUCCACCGGUGAUGCUCAGAGUCGUACAGACAGGAUUGUGUUUAAAUUAUUUGGGAAGGAACCAAAUGAUUUUCCUAUUGUCUUGCGAGCACAGAUUCUUGAUUGGCUAUCACAUAGUCCCACUGACAUUGAGAGCUAUAUAAGGCCUGGCUGCAUUGUUCUGACAAUUUACCUUCGUCAAACUGAGGCUGCAUGGGAUGAACUUUGCUGUGAUCUAAGCCUCAGUUUGAGUCGCCUUCUGCAUUAUUCAGAUGACACUUUCUGGAGGACUGGAUGGAUUUGUAUAAGGGUGUUUGAUCAAAUAGCAUUUAUUCAUAAUGGUCAGGUCAUCGUAGAUACAUAUUUACCUCUCAAAAGCAAUCAUUAUAGUAAAAUCGUGAGUGUCAAACCAAUUGCAAUAUCUGCAACUGAGAGAGCUCAAUUUUCGGUUAAAGGUAUCAAUCUGUCUCGGUCAGCCACAAGGUUGCUCUGUGCAGUAGAAGGGAAGUAUCUGAUACAGGAAGCUACUAAUGACUUGAUGGAUGACAACGAUGAUUUCAAGGACCAAGAUGAUCUUGAGUGUGUUACCUUUUCUUGCUCUAUCCCUAAUGUGAUUGGAAGAGGAUUCAUUGAGAUUGAAGACCAUGGUCUUAAUAGUAGCUUCUUCCCUUUCAUAGUUGCCGAGGAUGAUGUUUGUUCCGAGAUUCGAAUGCUUGAGAAUGUAUUGGAGAUCACCGACGCCGAUGCAGAUAUUGGCAGAACUGGAAAAAUGGAAGCCAAAAAUCAAGCCAUGGAUUUCAUUCAUGAAGUUGGUUGGCUUCUUCAUAGAAAUCAAUUGAAGUCUAGAUUGGGCCACUUGGAUCCUAACCCCGAACUCUUUCCUCUAAGGCGCUUCAAGUGGCUUAUGGAGUUCUCUAUGGACCAUGAAUGGUGUGCUGUAGUGAAAAAGCUCUUAAAUAUUCUUCUUGAUGGAACAGUCAGUUCAGGGGAGCAUCCUUCCCUCAACCUGGCACUAACGGAGAUGGGUCUUCUUCAUAGAGCUGUUAGGAAGAAUUGUAGAUCUCUAGUGGAGCUUCUUUUAAGAUUUGUUCCUGAGAAGGCUUCAGAUCGAUUAGUAUUUGAAAAUGAAACGGUAGCUGAUGGUGUUCAAGAAAGCUUCUUGUUUAGACCUGAUGCCAUAGGCCCUGGAGGUUUGACUCCUCUUCACAUUGCAGCGGGUAAAGAUGGUUCUGAGGAUUUGCUUGACGCUUUGAUCGAUGAUCCUGGAAAGGUUGGCAUUGAUGCUUGGAAGAGUGCUCGAGACAGCACCGGCUCUACACCUGAAGAUUAUGCUCGCUUGCGUGGCCACUACUCUUACGUCCGCCUGGUACAGAAGAAAAUGAAUAAGAGACCAACUUCUGGGCAUGUGGUUGUUGAUAUCCCAAGUGCCAUCUCCGACUGUAGCACGAACCAAAAGCAAAAUAACGAGUCAACCUCCAGCUUUGAGAUUGGGAAGCUUGAACUGAGAUCCAUGAAGCGACAAUGCAAUCUUUGCGAUCAAAAGCUGGCACAUGGAUAUGGAAUAGCCAACAGGUCAUUAGUGUACAGGCCUGCAAUGCUCUCCAUGGUAGCAGUCGCAGCAGUAUGCGUCUGUGUUGCUCUACUAUUUAAGAGCUGUCCCGAAGUUCUGUACGUUUUCCGUCCCUUCAGGUGGGAAUUGUUGGAAUACGGAGCAAGCUGAGGUCCAGCAGCUCGCCCUACGUCGGCAACUAUUAAUAAGGGUUUGUAUUUUUUAAUCUGUUUAAUACUACCAAGCGAGAAUCUGGUGUAUCGACAUCAGUAUUACGACUGAGUUUCGGAGAUUGUUGACAUACAUAAUUAUUUGUUCUAUUAUCAUCGGUGUAAUGUUUAUCAGGGAAUGUAACAUGAUAAACUCAUGCAUAGUUCUCCCCCCCCCCCUUCUUGGGUAUGAGGUUCUUGUCUUUGAUACUGAUAGCGGGAGAUGUAGCAUUGUAACCAUUUAUAAUAAUGUGUUGUUGCAGCCCACAUA